AUGGAGUUCUUCAUCAUCAAAUACAUAAUUCAGAUGUAUAAAUCGCAAUAGAAAACAUAUCUAAUGGGGUUAAUAAAUGAAAUUAAAAAAGAAGAUGUUAAUAAUAAAAAAAAUAACAAAAUGGUGAAAAAAAACUUGAAUAAUUUUAAGAACUAUACUCCAGACGAUCUAUAAGACUUGGAAAUAAUUGAUUACUAUUAAAUUGCUUUUUAAGUUUGGAAUAAUUUGAUUCAUAUAUAAUUUUAAAUCACUUAAGAAUUAGAUGGACUAUACAAAAAAUUUUAAAGAAUAUUUGAAACUAAUGCAAUUCUACCAAAUUAGAACAAAUUUAAAAUUUAAAAGGAAAGAAUAGUUGUUUUUGAUGCAUUAAAAGUAGAUAAUCUAAAAAAUUAUGACUUUUAUUGCGAGGUUAUUAAUAAUCACAUUUGAAAGAACUCGAAAACUUAGAAACUUAGGGAUAUUGAUCGUUUUCUGUAUGAUUUAUUAGAGUACACAAUUAGAUUGGCAAGAACAAUGAGUAAAAAUGUAAUGACGUAAGUUUAAUAUAAGUAGCUAGGAUUUUUUAAAUAAAAUGAAAAAAAAUAGACCAAUAGCAAAAUGAAUUUUUUCAUGAUGAUGUUAAAUAUGGGGCUUAGAAGUUUUUAACUUGUCUCAUAAUAAGUAUAAAAGUUCUUUAUUGCAGCUGAUUUAUAUCAAGUAUAACUUUAAUUGAAAGAUUUUUAUAUUCAGAUUUCAACACUAUGA